AUGCUACCCCCGUUCAACCAGUUCUUCCGAAGGAAUGGCGGAGAUUCUCCAGCUGAGCCAGCUGGUAGUGAAGACCUUGAGUGUGGCCAUGGAUCAUUGGUCCCGCAAACAACGACGGCAAGUGGAUAUCAAUCGUCCCCAAGCAGGGUGUAUCUGCCUGAAACACAGAGUAUCCGUGCAUCAACGGUACUUCAAACACGAACACCAAGCCGCGAGUACUUUUCUUACGUACACCACAACGGUCAACAUGGCUCGGCAGCGCAAGUGCCACUUACGCCGAGUGGACCUUCGAGAGUUGUAGGAUACCUUCCACGAACAAUAUGCAGCGGUUCCUCACCUCUUGUCGGCCCGACGGGGCUUAUCAUGCUGUCUCAGCCUUCCGAAGACGCCAGCAAUAGAGACUUCAUGACCAAUACUGGACCUCAAUGUCGUUCGACCUCGAACUCCAACACAGCCUCGCAUAGGUCUCCUUCUCCAAGAUCUCCAUUUGAUCCUGGCAAACAUGGCCAGGCUUUGCGGAGAUUGGAAACUCACGGAUCUCUAAAAACCAUCCCAUCUGGUCAACAGGGAGGUGAUGCUAUCAACCGCACGUCCAUCUCAUGGUCCGAAAUCGGCCGGGAAAUUUUCGAAGAACACCACGAUGCCAGACUCCAAGGCUCACUUCCUCAGCAGCCAGAAAGUCGGAAAUCAGCAGACCCAUAUGAAACAGUCGAUCAGCACUCGGGGGCCGACCUUUCACCACCACCAAUCCAAUAUCUUUCCAACUUCGUUUACCAACCAGGAGUGCUUCGCCAAGGAGACUAUUCCAAAGUUGUCAACUUGCCCGAUCCGCCGAAAAUUGAAGCUGGGCAGAGUUUCACAGAGGCUUCACCAUCCUUCGUCUUUCCAUUGCCAAAUGUGGAAGCAGAUAAUUCAAAUCAAGUGACCCAACAAGCACUGCAAUGGAGCCAGGCUUCGCCUAAACCACGUCAAGCAAUAUCUUCGAAAUCACUGGUGGGGGAACCCGAUGCCUCGCCAGAUCUUCCGUCCAAGAAUCUGAGCUCUAAAGAAAUGCCUGAGAACAACACAAUCGGAAGCAUUGUGCGAGACUUUGGUACUCAAGGCAGUAAACAGUUUGAAGACGUGUUUGCUUAUGAAGCGAAAGGGGAAGAAGAACAGCAAAGACGCAUUGGAAACCUAAUUCCAAAGCACCCUCAUUCUGCCCACACCUUCGCUCAGAGUCCAACUUUCGAGGAGAUCGAUGAAUAUCUCUGGAGUCCUGCCCCAAGUGACGAUGGCCAGGAAGCUCCAUCGGCACCGCACACGCCAGUCCCACGCCAUGCGCCAUCGGAUGCCUUACGUGCCUCUCCUAUUUCUGGACUUUCACCGGAUUCGUACGGCGGCUUCUCACGGUCGUUAAAGUCUUAUGGCAUCGAGCACAUUCGUUCCCGGACCGGCUCGUCGGGUAGUCAACGCACCAUAGACAGCCCAUUGCCACAUAUCGAUGUUCUCAUUCCAGCCGGAAACAUUGAUCUUCAUUCUCAUUCAGACUUCUUAGGCUCAUCCCAACAUGCGUCAACCAUGGGAAGUAGAGAUUUUUCGAGCAUACUGUUACGCUACUCGGGCGUAAUCACGGAUGGUGCCUCCUCGCGGCCCAUGUCUGAGAACGAACUCAAAGGAGAGGUACUACAUUCGCUGGGAGAUCGAACGAAGACUGGAUUGAGUAUGCUGAGGUCGAGGGACUCAAGUAGCCAAGCGGAUCGUCAUACCAAUUCUGAACAGAUCCGUGGAGACCAUAAGCCAAAUGCUCUACUCGAGGCCUUUCCGCUUGAUCGAGUCCUCAGUCCGUCUGCAGAUGCUGGACCUGGAAGCAGUCAGACCUCGUCAUCACCGAGCGCAGACCGCUAUGGUGGUGAUCCGUCCGGCCACAAAGCGCGUUUAGGGAAUGAUGGUCUUCCGGCUUCUAGGACACGGUGCCCCACUCCGCCACUGCUUUUCGGAAAACACGCUAUUGGUGAGCCCAAGAAUACUAGUACAACGUCAAGGCCAGCUCUUGGAGGUAAUACGAGUCGCUUCGAUCAAAACCCGGAACCCAUUAGACUGAAGGAGACCGGCCGCUUGCCCACGGCCUUGUGCAGCUUAGGUGAACAAGACUGGGAGACUGUUUCUGCUGAAACAGAAGCUGGUACGCACGCUUUUAAUGGCAUCGCCUUCGACACUGAGACCGGUAGCAGUCUGGCGGAUAAUUCUGACUCUGGUAAUUUGUCCCCGUCAAAGGAGCCACAUUAUCCUUUCUACGGUGUCAGAACUCAACCAGUGAUGCAGCAUCCGGCGCAUCCACGACACAAUCAUUCCUUUGUGCUCCUCAAGAAUAGCCAGACAGGGGAAUUGGUUCAAGUGCCCGAAUAUGAGUAUGCUUCCGGAGGGCGUUUGCCAAACAACAACACUAGUGCUCAAUUAGUGUCAAGCGUACGUGCAGACAGUACAUAUCAGCACCCAUCUCCUUUACGGGUCGAGCAUAAUCAUCCUUUUUCUUCCUCACUAUCUAUCAUUCGCUUGAAUAAACCAUCAGCGAUAAACAUUCAAGAUAGUUGUGUGAUGAUGCAGCAGAAUCAUCUGAGUUCAAAGCCGUCCAGUUGUGGGCUGUCAGAGGGUGUUCAGGAAGUAAAGGAAAAGCAGACUCAAGUUCCGUUGUACAAUACAACUCAAGACGCGUCCCGUGAUCGUGAUCCUGCGGUGGAUCAGAAUCAACUUAUUAUAGACUCUAGAGAGCAGUCACAUCAUUUGUCUCCCUGGUUGAGUACAGUUAGCGAAGUCGCCUCAAGCGAACUCUCACUACCUAGGAACGGAGGUACUUUCACAGAGAUGAUAGUCUGGGAUGGAAAAGCACAUGUGCAUGGCACUCCAGAGCGGGGAGGCAAUCGAGAAGUGGGGAGCAGUCUGGCAGAUGCAAGCAGCCCGGGCGCCAACUUCUCAAGUAGCCCAGCGCCGCUCGCCAGCUCACCUAUUUAUUUUCCAGACACACCAUCAUCAUUAGGUCAGGGUCUUCACGAGCAGGCUGUCCGACACAAUUUGGACGAUGGCAGCCUAAAUCUACUAGGCGACUUCCACAAAUCACUUGCAAGAUCAUUCAACCGCGAAGACCCAGCAACCUCGACAGUUAAUAUAGAGGAUCGUUCUAGAUCGCAUUCAGUAUCUGGGCCACGACUGGACCACCGCGAAUCAUCACCACGUCGACGUAGGUCUUCCAGUGAGAGUCAUUCUAAGCUCAUGGAUACGCCUUCUGCCCAAAAAGCUUCGGCGCUGAACUUGUCAUCCUCGGAUGGCUAUGCUCAGCAGACCACUAGCUCUGUACUUCUCCUCAGAAACCCUUUCUCGCGUUCAGACGACAAUGAUUCUCGGUAUAGCCACCACCAGCACAAUUUCAUGGAGCGAAAAGGUCGCCAACCAAAAGCGGAUGACGCCUCAAUCAACGAUCCCACUACACCCUCAUCAACUGAAUCUCGACCUUUCGUCAGAGACGGGGUUGUGCAUACUGAUGCCGCUCCUCCAGUCCUCCGUCAUCCUGUCUAUGGUCGCGACCGUCCUUGGGAUCGCAUAAGACCAGGCCUCCCCCGUCCAAGACCGCACCCGGACCCACUGGGACGUCCACUCUUUCAGCGACCAGUUGCUCGAGCUGAAUCACCUCACCUUCACCGUAUCCCACAUCCGCCUACCCCAGAGCUCCUUGAGCGCCACGUACUACUUUCUCGCAUUUACCUCAUACCAUCCAUGGUGAUCCCCCCCAUUGCCCUUGUUUACGGACAUGGCUACAUGGACGGCAUCACGAGAUUCCACACAGCGGGUGAAAUCAACGGUUUUCGCAACACAGAGAAAACCAUAGCUCUUUGCUGGGGCUACGGCUCGAGCGCUAUUUGCAUCCUAGCUAUUAUCAUUGCCAUGAUCAUCAUUUCCGCCUCCGGUUAG